AUGAGUGAACAAGUUCUCGAUUUACGAAUUAAUAAACGUAUACGAUCAGAUGACGAAGAGAAUGAGAACAAUAAUAGCAAGAAGAAACGAACUACUAUCACAACUUCGCAACAAUAUGAUAUACCUUUAGAUUUAUCAAAAAAAUCUCGAACAAGUCCAAUAAAAAAUGAUGACCUUCGAACAUUAUCCUAUCCAUGGACCAUGCCUUAUCCGUUACGUUCUUAUGAUCCAUCUUUAUUAUUUAAUCCCAUGUUAUACGAUCUAUUUCUUUCAAAUAUGAACAAUUAUUGUACUACAGUUCCAACAAUUACUACUCCCAUUGAAAUUCCUACUACUACUCGUCAAGUAACAAUGACAACUAAACAACAGCAACAACGGUCAUCUUCCACAAUUAAAGAUACGUCGCCUUCAUUGACAAAAGACGUUUUUAUCUCAAACGGAAAAGAUCGUGAAAUAUUUGCCUGUUCAUGUGGUGAAAAGUAUACAACAUUGGCAAAUUUAGUGAGUCAUUUAAAAAUAACAAAUCAUAGUGCUCAAUUAUCAUCAACACAUGAUGAAGUGGCAAAAUUAGUACGUGGUCAAGAUAUAUGGUUAUCGAGAGAUACUAAUCCGGCAAAUCAAAUCUUAAAAUGUUUAAGAUGUUCUCUUUCAUUUGAAACACUACCAGAUUUAACCGCUCAUAUGAUGAAAACAAAUCAUUUUACACAAUUAAUGCCAUACCGUUCGGAUCAAACAAAACAAUUGAAACAAUCUCGAUCAACAUGUCUCAUAUGUUCACAGCAAUUUUUAAGAGAAGUAGAUUUAGUCGAUCAUAUUCAACGUUCUCAUCGCAUCCGUCAUAAUUGUACAACAUGUGGAAUGUAUUUUGAAACAGAACAGACGUAUAAAGAUCAUAUAGCAAAAGAAAUGCAUCAUCGAAAUGGAAAAGCCAGUCGAAAUCGUGAUUAUUUUUUAAAUCAAUUUAAAUUUUUAGAAACAUCAUUAAAUCAUCAAACAAUAUUUUCUGAUCAACAAUCCCCCUCUCCUCCGGAAUAUGACGAAAAAAUCGAUAUGAAAUCGCCAUCAUUAGCAGUAAAAAUCGAACCAUUGCCCGUUGGAAAUGAGAAACAAACGUCAAUUGAUAAAGAUAUUGAAAAGAUUGCCUAUGAACUUGUUGAAAAUGUUAUUUUACCCAAAGUCGAACAACAAGAAAAUAAAACAUCAAAAGCAAAUGCUCUAACAUUAUUACAAAAUUUUGUGACAAAACAAACUGUCGAUGAUAAACAACAGAAUAAUAAUAUUAACAAUACUUCAAAACGUUCGAGACAAAAACAAUUACAACAAUCAAAUAUGAAAGUAAAUGCGUUAUUAGCACUCGAACAAUUGACACAUAAUUCGAUAGAAAAUUUUCAACAACAACAACAACAGCAACAUCAACAACGUCUAAUAAAAAAGCCACAAAAAGAUAAUAAAACAGUAUCAGUAAACAAAGAGGAUGUCAACAAUUUAGAUGAUAAAUCAUUGACCAUUUUACUUCCACCACCACCACUCCUUUCUCCAGCUUCCAGCUCGUCCUCCAGUUCAUCACAUCCAUCUAUUGUAACAAAAAAUGAGAAUGAAAGUCCAUUGGCAAGUUUAGAAAAAAUGGUUUCGUGUCCUGAAACUACUUCUUCUCGUAGUAGCACUAUCAACACGACAACCACAGGAGCAAUUGUACAUAGUCAAUUAGAUAUAACACCAACAGAAAUUAUCUCAUCAUCACAAACACCAAUUAAAUUAAAAAUGAUUCCAAAAAAAUUUGACAAAUAUAGAAUGUUUGCACAAAAAAUGCUUCGUUCAUCCACUUAA